AUGCAGGCGGUAGUCGAACGACACCUGGAGUUCAUGUUGAUUGAAUGGUACUUUGAGGACAUCAAGCAUUACCUCAACAAUCACCUCUCAAUCGAGUUCUGGUCACACUUUAGACGCGAGGAUGAUGAUGAUGACAAGAACAACACAAACUUUAUAAGCGCCAUUGAUAAGCUACAUCAAGUGUUCACACUCUAUGCCAAUCAACUCAAGUAUCUCUGUCAUGCUCUCAACAAAAGUGCUCAACUGGAGACAUGGAUUGAGAACUUACAAAACAACUUGAUUGCAUCACUCAUUGUGGAGAGUACAAAGGCCAAGCGAUUCAAGACUAUUCUGCUCAGGUUCUUUGAGCGUGAGUUUGUCUCAUUCUCAAAGUCAUACAUUGGAUCAAUCAGGAAUCGUGAUGACGAUGAUGUUGAUGUAGACGAUUACCAACACGAUGAUGAUGACAACAUAAUGGACAUGUCACUCAAUGAAAGCUUCACUGAUAUCAAUGUCAAGGAAUCAUCAUUCAUGUCACUGUGCAACAAACUCAAUCAACUCAAUUUUAUCAUUGUGUCUGAGGAGAUAUUCACAAAGAUAUUGUUGUCCAAGAUCCUGGAGCACAUUGAGACAAAGUGUCGUGACGUGUUUGAUCGUCGUCUGCUGUCGCCCAUCCUGCGCUGGGCCGAUCGCAUCAUCUUCAAGUGGCUCUACAUGAUCCUCUCGCCAUGGAGCCACACGACGUACGAACAAUGGAAGAUGCGCAUCGAGUUCUCCAUCUACGAGUACUACUCGGACCAGCGCAUAUCCGAACUGUUCAACAUGAUCCGAAUGUAUCCAGACAGCACACCAGCACUGCACGACCUCGCCCUGUGCUUCCAAAAGAUCUCCAUCCAGAAGCCAUUGGUCAACAGUCUAAAGGCGGUGUUCAAUCAGCGACUGCUCCACCCUGGCGCCAACACCAAUGACAUCAUCACGACAUACAUCAGCACGAUCCAGGCGAUGAAGAUCAUUGAUCCCACGUGCUUUGUGAUGGACCAGGUCGCCCAGCCUAUCAAGAACUACUUGGCCAAGCGUGAUGACACUAUACGCUGCAUAGUGUCCAGCUUCACAGAUGAGAACAGUGAGAUGUACCAGGAGUUCUCGCGUGGCAUUGAUCAAGACGAGGACCCUCAGACAAUGUUCAAUGCAGGCGAUGUGUGCGAUAUCUACUUGGACGAUGUCGAUCCCAAUGAUGGUCUGCUGGAUCUCAAGGCAUUUGAGGCUUGGCAGCCGGCAUCAAUUGAGUCACAGCCCAAUCAGAAGAUCCAAAAGUACCGCGACAACAUCAGCAGUCUUGUCAGCAUCUACGAAAGCACCGAUGUCUUUGUCAACGAAUACCGACUAAUGUUAUCCGAGCGAUUACUCUCAAUGACCGACUAUGAUAUUGAUCGAGAGAUCAAGAAUGUCGAGCUUCUCAAGCUGAGGUUUGGUGAGAGUAGCAUGCAUAACUGUGAGAUCAUGAUCAAGGAUAUGGCCGACUCCAAACGUUUGAACAUUCAGAUCGCCAAGGAAGUGAAGAACAAACAGCAGUCGGGCGAUGGCGAGGAACAGAUGCAGUUUGGCUCAUUGAUCUUGUCCAAGUUGUUCUGGCCAUCAUUCAAAGAGGAGCAAUUCACAUACCCACGCAAGAUGCAGAAGCAGAUGGAAUUGUUUGCCAAGGAGUACGAGGCUAUCAAGGCACCGCGCAAGCUAGAGUGGAAGCAACAUCUUGGAUUCGUCGAACUGGAGAUUGAGAUUGACGGCCAGCUCAGACCGCUGACCGUAUCCACCUUGCAAGCGGCCAUCAUCACAAUGUUUGAGGACAAGACUCGUCACACACUGGAGGAGCUGGCCACUGCAUUGGAAGUCAAGGAGGACUUCCUCAAGAAGAAGAUGUCGUUCUGGAUCGGUCAACAAGUGCUGCGCGAGGCUGAGCGCGGGGUCUACGAGGUGGUCGUGUCAGCGCCAACCGCGGACGAUCAGAACAAUGAGAUGGUGGUCGACAUGGAGGAGGAAGAGGAGCAAUCGGCCUCUGACCGACAGAAGGAGGAGCAGCUCAAGGUCAUCGAUAACUUCAUAUUUGGCAUGCUGACCAACUUCAAGGCACUCCCAAUCGAUCGCAUUCACAGCAUGUUAUCAAUGUUCAACGCAGAGAUCUACACGCUCACCAUUGCCGAGCUCAAGACCUACCUUCAGAAGCUCCAGAAUGAUGAGCGUAUCGAGUUGUCUGGUGGCGAGUACAGGAUUAAGAAGUAG